AACCGACAGCCGGCUUUCAGGCACAUCCGUCUGCGCUGGUCGCGCAACAAAUUUGAAUCCAUGUCUAACGUGCCCAAUGGCAUUCAAGCCGACUUUCCGACCGAUAGCGACCAGGUCAUUGUGACAUUGGCCGCGGAAUCCAGUCAUUUUGCAAUGACGUUCAGGCUCAAGCGCAAUCAGCCACUGAAGCUGGUAAAGGAAGCGUUCGCCUCCUACCUUGACUGGCACGCAAGGGAAUUUGAGUAUGUCUUUCAAGGCCGCGUAGUUGAAGAUGAUGCUACCCCAGAGCAGCUCGCGAUGGAGUCCCACGACAACACGAUCGAGAUAUCAAUUCAAUACAGGCUCAUUGUAGGCCGCUCCGAAUCGGGUCAGCAAAAUUUAGACGACGCCAAAGUUGAGUUACUGCAUGUGACGUACGCGGAAGGAGGCAUCGACUUUAAUGUGAGAGCCUGUGGUCAGUAUCUUAUAUCUGGUGUUGGUGGUAUAUCAGUCCGCGUUGCGCACGACUGUAGCCUUGGUGGCGUUAUGUUAGACUUCGAACGGCUGGCUGGGUAUUGGUCGCUGCGCUUCUUAUCGAAUGGUCAUAGGAUCAAGCCAGGUGAUACUCCGAACAUGUUGGAGAUGCGGGAUGGCGAUGACAUCGAUGCGUACCUCGACAUGGGACCUACGCCGCGCGCAUCGGAUCCCAUACCAUAUACUGUGAUGCGAUUGUUGUAGGAAUCGAGACUCUUCUACCCGGAGUUGGAAACUGCAUGCUCGAGCGAGAGGCCUAGGGUAAUGCGCUAGAUCAGCGAAGCGAUCCAGGUUCACGUACAGUACAUUUGGUAGUGCAGUUCUAUGCCAUAUUGGAC